AUGCAUUCAGGAAAUGAGACCACAGUAACAGAAUUUAUUUUUACUGGAUUUUCUGUGAUUCCAGGACUUGAAUAUUUAUUUUUUUCAGCGUUUUUAAUUUUCUAUGUAAUAACCAUUCUUGGAAAUGCAUCUAUUAUCUUUGCAUAUUCUCUUUGUUCAGACCUGCACACUCCUAUGUAUUUUUAUCUUACCAACUUCUCCUUUUUAGAAAUAUGUUAUGUUUCCAUCACUUUUCCAAAGCUUUUAUCAGACUUAUUAACAGAAAGAAAAUCAAUCUCAUUCUUUGGCUGUGCUGUGCAAAUGUAUUGUUUCUCCCUUAUUGCUGGUCUGGAGUGCUGUAUACUUGCAGCCAUGGCAUAUGAUCGGUAUAAUGCUAUAUGCCAGCCCCUCUUGUACCAAACCAUCAUGAACAGAAAAGUGUGUGUUCAGCUCUUGGCUGGGGCAUGGUUCAUUAGCGCAGCAAACUCUUUGCUAAACACUAUUCUUACAUUCAUGUUACCCUUCUGUAAUAAUAUUAUCAAUCACUUUUUUUGUGACAUUCCUCCAUUACUAAAAUUGGCAUGUAGAAUAAACCUAAUCAAUGAAGUGGCGCUUGUUACCAUUGGUGGCUUUAUUCUUGUAGGAUCAUGUGUUUGUAUUGUGCUUUCUUACAUGCGACUCAUUGCAACUAUCUUAGGUAUCCAUUCUACUUCUGGCAAGAGGAAAGCAUUUUCAACCUGUUCCUCUCACUUGACAGCAGUUACAAUAUAUUAUGGAUCUGGUAUUUUUAUGUAUUUAAGACCCAAACCAAACUAUGAAAUGGAUCAGGACAAACGGAUUGCUCUUAUGUACACUACUAUUGCACCACUGCUGAAUCCUUUUAUAUAUACACUCAGAAAUGGGGAUUUCAAUGUAGCUUUUAGAAAGAUAAUACAACAUAUGUUUUUUGGAAAACUCUAG